GCGGUGCGCGGGGAACAUGGAGCCGCUGCUGAAGCGGGAGCUGGGCUGCGGCUCCGUCAAGGCCGCGGGUCACUCGGGGGGUGGGUGCAUUAGCCAGGGCCAGAGCUACGACACGGACAGAGGACGCGUGUUUGUGAAAGUGAACCCCAAGGCGGAGGCCAGAAGGAUGUUUGAAGGCGAGAUGGCAAGUUUAACUGCCAUCCUAAAGACAGGCACAGUGAAGGUGCCCAAACCCAUCAAGGUCCUCGAUGCCCCAGGAGGCGGCAGCAUGCUGGUGAUGGAGCACUUGGACAUGCGGUAUCUGAGCAGUCAUGCUGCAAAGCUUGGAUCCCAGCUGGCAGAUCUGCACCUAGACAACAAGAGGCUUGGAGAGACUCUCCAGAAGGAGGCUGGCACAGUGGGGAAAGGAGGUGGGCAGGUGGAGCGGCCCUUUGUGGACCAGUUUGGGUUUGACGUGGUGACGUGCUGCGGGUACCUCCCACAGGUGAACGACUGGCAGAGGGACUGGGUCACGUUCUACACCCGGCAGCGCAUUCAGCCUCAGAUGGACUUGGUGGAGCAGGGCUCUGGGGACAGGGAGGCCCGUGAGCUCUGGGCUGCUCUGCAGUUAAAGAUCCCUGACCUGUUCCGUGAUCUGGACAUCAUCCCAGCCCUGCUCCAUGGAGACCUCUGGGCAGGAAACGUAGCAGAGGAUUCCUCUGGGCCCAUCAUUUUUGACCCAGCUUCCUUCUAUGGCCACUCAGAGUAUGAGCUGGCGAUAGCUGGCAUGUUUGGGGGCUUCAGUGGCUCCUUCUACUCCACCUACCACAGCAAAAUCCCCAAGGUCCCAGGCUUCGAAAAGCGCCUUAAGCUGUAUCAGCUCUUCCACUACUUGAACCACUGGAAUCACUUCGGAUCCGGGUACAGAGGGUCCUCCCUCAGCAUCAUGCGGAAUCUCAUCAAAUGAGCUCUGGAGGGAGGCCCCCGUUUGGGUCACCAGCUCCUAACCAAACGCCUGUGGCCAGCCUCUCGUUGCUCCUCAGCCUCUUCCUUGAGGAUUCUUCCCAUUUCUUCACUCCCUGGAGUAGCUUCAGACCAACUGUCCAAGCCUUGUAAAGUAUGUGACAUCUCAGAAGAAAGGUUUUAUCACCCUAAAGUUAGACUUCAAUAGCUGGAUAAAACUGCGCUAGAAAUUGUAUGUGAACCAAGGGACCAAUGGAGGGUGGGCUGUGUCCAACCUCCAGCUGCCCCGAAGGUAGAGGAAGGAGGCGGCCGGAGUGCGGAGUGCGAGGCGCCACUACCGAGGGCGCCUUCCCACCUGCUGCCCGUCUCCUCUCUGGGGAUGACUGGUGUCCAGCGCUUCCUGGUGAGUCAUACUGGGGUCUGGACGUGAAGGCGUCAUCCUAGGAGCACCCCCUGAUGACCAGUCCCAAACCCAGCACAUUCCCUUGCCUUUCUGUGUUGCUGCUGGACCUGCUGCAGCUCUGGGAGUGACCAUACUGCUUGCCUCAGUGUCCCUGGUUGGUUAGGAGUCAAGGGAGCUGCAUCUGUUAGCAGCCAGUAGACUGCUGAUUUCUAAAGCUUGUGAGUUGUCAUUCAUCAGCAUGUAGAAACCAGCUCUAAACAAGUGGUUUCCUUCCGUCCUGCAGUGGUGAGAAAUGUUCAUGAAUGGCAUUGAUGCUAACAAAUCCCUUUGCAUAAAAAUUUGAAUAAACUUUCAGUAGUUUCAGUGAUGUGUGAGACUAUAUUUCCCUUGUUUCAAUCCUAAUUCAAGGGACUUCCCCAGUGGUGCAGUGGUUAAGAAUCCGCCUGCCAGAGCAGGGGACACGGGUUCAUUCCCUGGUCCGGGAAGAGCCCACAUGCUGCGGAGCAACUAAGCCCGUGUGCCACAACUACUGAAGCCCGUGCGCCUAGAGCGUGUGCUCCACAGCAAGAGAACUAAUGCAGAGAGAAGCCUGCGCAUCACAAUGAGGAGUAGCCCCCUGCUUGCCACAGCUAGAGAAAGCCCGUGUGUAGCAACGAAGACCCGAUGCAGCCAAAAAAUAAAUAUUUUUUAAAAAAUCGUAAUUCAACAUUAAUUGGAGCUGUUUGCCAGGAAACCUUU